CUCCCCCCGGGUGGGCAUCACGGAGUCUCUCCUCCGCGUCUGUACCCUGGCUCAGGCAUCGUCGUGUCGGGAUGAGCCGCGUUUCUCCAUGGAGACCAAACGGGUCGAGAUCCCCAGCAGCGUCCUGGAUGAUCUGUGCAGCCGAUUUAUUUUGCACAUUCCAAGUGAAGAGAGAGACAACGCAAUCAGAGUAUGCUUUCAAAUUGAACUUGCCCAUUGGUUUUACUUGGAUUUUUACAUGCAAAACACACCAGGAUUACCUCAGUGUGGGAUAAGAGACUUUGCAAAAGCUGUCUUCAAUCACUGCCCUUUCUUACUGCCUCAAGGUGAAGAUGUACAAAAAGUUUUAGAUGAGUGGAAAGAAUACAAAAUGGGAGUGCCAACCUAUGGUGCAAUUAUUCUUGAUGAAACACUUGAAAAUGUUCUUCUUGUUCAGGGCUAUUUAGCAAAGUCUGGUUGGGGAUUUCCAAAAGGGAAAGUAAAUAAAGAAGAGGCACCUCAUGACUGUGCUGCUAGGGAGGUGUUUGAAGAAACUGGAUUUGACAUAAAAGAUUAUAUCUGCAAAGAAGAAUACAUUGAGCUGCGAAUCAAUGAUCAGUUAGCACGGCUGUACAUCAUUCCAGGAGUUCCCAAGAACACAAAAUUCAACCCCAAAACUAGAAGGGAAAUUCGGAAUAUUGAGUGGUUUUCUAUUGACAAAUUACCAUGCCACAGAAAUGACAUGACCCCAAGGUCCAAGCUGGGUUUGGCACCUAACAAAUUUUUUAUGGCAAUCCCGUUCAUCAGGCCAUUGAGGGAAUGGAUUUCCCGAAGGAAUGGAGAUUCCUCAGAUAGUGACAAUGCAUUUUCAUCUACAGGGAGCACACCCUCUAAACCGAACUUGGAAAAAGCAAGAUCAAAACUUCGCUGUAGUCAGCAAGUGCUUACAGAUGGCUUUUCAGGCGAGCAGGGUGUGAAGACAAAACAGCCACAGAAGCCAUAUAGCCAUACUGAGAUUUCUGAAGCUUUGAAAAUCAAGAGUCAGAGCUUGAAGAGCAAUGGCAGAAAGCAGUAUCAAGACACUUCCGGCCAAAAGAAGCGAACAAAUGGAGUCCAUGGUCAACCAGUUAAGCAAAACCAUACAUUGAAAUGUGAAAAAAGGCUUAAUCCAAGAAGACUCCAAGAUAACUUUGAAACAGCAGAUGCAGCCUAUGAGAUGUGUUGCUCCAGUGAAGACACACUGCCAGAACAUGUAGAGGGACAUUCUGUGGCAUGCAAUGGCCAUUACAAAUUUGCUUUCUCAUCAAGAGCUUUCUUGAGUUUCAAGUUUGACCAUGAUGCCAUAAUGAAAAGUUUUGACCUCUGACAGCAAACAUAGUAGGAGCAAAAAAAUCAAACUUGCCUGUUGCGGUUAAAGGGGGUUUCUUAUCCAGCCUUACUCUUUCUCAGGAGUUUUUUGUUUCAUUUGUUUGUUUUCAAAUGCAAUGCAGGGACUGACUGGAUGUUGUGGAAGGGCUUGGUCUUUUUGCAGCAUGGGAGUGACAUAUUCCAAGUGUUGCACUUUAAAUGCAGUAUAGUCUUUGUCCACAAAAAAACCUUUCCAGUGUUCAGUUCACUUGUUCCUAUGCAUUCAUUAGAGGGCAUUUUUUUUACCUUGCUGUGUGUUCUGUAGAAUGUCUUUGACUUUAAAAAGAAAAAAAAGCUGGAGUAU